AUGGGCCCGUCCACUCGCGCUACCCGAAAGGGGCAGCGCUCUUUAGACAACAAUGCCGGCAUCCAGUCCCCUCCCCUGUCCAGCAGUCAGGGCGCAAGCAAAACCUCGGGCUCAACUGUCGCGCGUUUGGCAAGCACUAGGCCUCGCAUCCCAACCCACAAGCAGGCAGAAAUAGAGCAACAGAAGGUCGCGGAACUCAUGAAGGAACUUGAGCGACUUCGGAAAGACAAGGCACGACUGACACGCAAGCUGGCCACUGAUUCGGCUGUCAAUGGAGAAGAAGAUGAUGAAGAUGAGUACGAGAGCGAAGAAGAACAGGAGUUCCGAGUCGCCGAGCAAUUGCAUAAAUCUGCAUUCGAGUCGCGAGGAGUCUUCCCAGCCAAUUCUGACAAGCCCAAGAGGAAGCUGCGAUGGGUGCACGAAUCGCAAAGCCGUCAGCACACCACCGAGUUGCCCUCGCACGCGUCAUCAUCUCAGGUUGCCCUUUCUGUCCCAUCGCCUCCGCCAUCGCCACUAGUGAAUCCCACCCAUGCUCGCUACCGCACUCGCUCGCCCAUUGAACCCGCAAUUCAGCCCGAAGCCGUGAGCGAGCCUCAGGCUGGCCAAUCACAAACCCCAGCGCAGACCGUUCGUUCAGAACGGUCAAAGUCCGCAGCUGCAUCAUCGAUGUGCGGUCGCGCGACCUCCGGCCCCCCCCCAUAUAAGGAUGACAAGGUGCCAAAGGGCAAACCCAAGGCCUCAGACUAUGAGUCGCACGCAAGCAGGAUGAUCAUUCGCGCGUGCCAUUUUUAUAGUGUACUGAUUUGUACAGAGGAUCCCUUCCCCGAUGACGACAAGCAGGUGCUGUGGGCAGACAAGGCCUGGUUGUCUAUCUGUCAGGAAGUCCAGGUCUUCUAUCGGUUGACAGACGACAUCGAACAUAUUAUUGUUGAACGGCAUUCCCAUGCUCGCGGCAGUCUUCGGGACCUUGUUCGCCCCUGGAUUGAGAGCACGUACGGUAUGCUGACUGAUGGUACCGAGCAUGCCAGAAUCACAAAUAUUGCUACGUAUACACGACUUCUCGACCUCCACUCGGACGAGCCGCACCCUGUCUUCCAUUACCAGGACACAUUCACUCCGUCCGGGUUCGCGCUACAUCCCAUUGUUCAUAAGGUUAUACAGAAGAGCUGGUUCUCUGACGCCACUGGACUUGGUGUCAGAUACAGUACAUAUUUCUCUCCCAUCCGCAAUGUAACUUUGGCACUCCUCUUUACUGCGAUUGAGUUCUGCCUCGACCAAUGGGAGACCGGGAUCUUCAAUUUGCGGCUCCAGUUCACCGAGAAGUUAUACAAGUCAAAGUAUAUCAAGCAUCUCCGGGCGAUUGAGGACUGGCGCGAAAUUGAUGAGGAGAUCACCCUGGCGACCAUGCAAGACUUUCACGACCGUGCAAGGCGAGCCUCGGGCGCAGCACCACUCGUUGCCCCCGUAGUGGUUGGUCUCUCCGCGUCUUCCCGUGAUCGUCUCAGGCUCGAGCUCGAACGCCAGCGUCGUGAGCGUCAGAGCACGCCCCAGCGAGAUGCAGUAGUGGAGUAG